AUGAUGAUUCGUGAUGUGGUCGAGUCCUUGUACAGACAUAAGAGUACUUUGGAGACGUUGUUCCGAUUCAUGGACAAGGACAACUCCGGACAAGUGUCGAUGCAGGAAUUCAUCGACCGCAAUUCAGAUAAAAAACUGCAAUCCAUAUCCAGCACUGGUUUUCUGCCCGGAGAACAAAAUAUCAUCAUUGAUCUUAAGGUGCUGGGAAAGUACACAAAGCGAUCGCUGUCAGCCGACUAUGUAGCCGAAAUUGCCGAAAGCAUCGACUUCAACAAGGAUGGUUUCAUCGAUCUCAACGAGUUGUUGGAAGCGUUCCGAAUAGUGGAUCAACAAAAUGGACUAGCCUAG